AGACAAUGGGGGGAGAUCUCGGGAAAGAUGAAGCUAGACUUAUUAUAAUAUCUAAAGAUAAAUAUAAGUCUAAAAGAAAAAUUAGAAAAUAUAUACUUUCGGUAUGCUUCAUCAUAAUCGGCCUUAUAUUGAUUCUGGUGACGCUUCCUGUUGUUUUCAGUCUGGUUUUUUUGUUGACGCCUAAUGAAGAUUCUGAUUUGUAUUUACUUAAAAUUGGCGAUAUAUUAGGUAACAGUUCUUCACUUAUAAUAGUUGACUCAUCAUACACAAGGUCAUCGUCAGUAACAUUUUCUUCAAAUGAACCGUUGCAAGGCCAGCCUUACACUGUCAUCCUCUUAUCAGAAAAUAUACCAUCAACCAUCGUGGAUUAUCUUCCUUUAGAACAAUUGCCUUUGCUUUUAGAGGCUGAAUCAGAGUAUAGAGAGGCUUUUAAUUAUCUUGGAAGUGAUGAGCCCAUUUAUUUGCUCUCUGGGUCUUCAAUCACGUACAACUUAACGAUCAGUUCAAACACUAGUACAUAUCCAGUUUGCCUCUAUCUUUUUACGAAUGAAGCACAUUAUAGCACUUUUUUGGUGUCAGUAGGUAUCAGCAAAGUAUACCAAUAUAGCAACUCACAUUGUUUUACUUUUAUGUCAACAAAUACAACUGUGAGAAAAAGGCUUACAACAGUACCUUUUUCUUUUAAUAUCACAAGUGCUGGGCAGUACUACGUUGGUAUACAAUUACAGAGUGGUGUUACUGUACAAGCCAAUGCUUCUGUUGUACGAGUAUAUUAUAAUACUACUGGACUUCAGCAGCAAACUACUUGUAAUGGUAUAACUUCCUGUUUAAUUGAUAUAUGCAAUACUGUUGUAUGUAGUUAUGAGGCAAUCACUUACUUUCUUAUCAAACCAUCCAAUAGAACAUCUAUGAACUAUUUCUUUACAAGUCCAAAAUUUACUUCAGAUGAAUAUGUUGCCAUUGUAGUCACUUAUGCCACAACCAUGGUGAUCAUAGUAAUAUCCAUUGCAAUUUUAACUUGUUUUAUUGCCGCCUACAAGAAACAGAAAAGUACAAAUAGCUUUUCUUGUCUAAGUGCACAGAACACGGACACUUAUUCAAUGAUGAGUGGACAGGAGCAAAGUCAAAAUUUCCUUUUGCAUGAAACAGCCAUAACUUAUGAUAAUACUGAUUUGAAUUUUUUCUCUACUGAUGCAGGUACUAGAGAUCUACCUGCAUUUCCCCUAGUUUCAGUACCAGACUCACACCGGGGUUGGCCUCUCAUCCGGCGUGAGUUCAUAGAUGGGUCUAGGAAUGAGGCUAGGUUUCCUUGGACAUCCACUAGUAGUAAUGAUGCUUGUGCAAUUGAGGCCAGUCAGUUCCUGCAAGAAGUAGAAACAGUACAAGCUUCAAUGCUACAGUCAUGUGAAAAUAACAUUGCAUCAUCACAACCUCAAUUUGAUUUGGAAUCAAUGUACUGCGAACAUUCAUUGACAAACCAAACCAGUGAUCAAGCAUGUAACGCAACCAAUGAAAAGCUAUUUCUAAAAAUAAAAGAUGCAUUUGGUGAGGUUCAUGAGCUAUCAUUAGACAGUAGUGGUUUAGUGUAUCAUUGUAGUCAGUAUGGAGUGACUCUCAUUAUUCCAGAGGGAGCAGUACAAGAGUCAGCUACUGUAUGGUUUGGAGCAUGUCUCUUCAGUGAUAAGUUUAAGUUUGGUGAUUAUGUACCAGUCACUCCUAUUGUAUGGGUACACAUUGACCAAAAGCUGGAUAAAAGUGCAGAACUUUACAUUCCACAUGAUGUUGCUAUUUCCAGUGAUACCAAUCUACAACAGUUCACUGUAUUAACAGCUCAUGAUGAUGAUUGCUCUGAUGUUAUAAGUUUCCAAGAAAAUUGUGGAUCACAGGCUGAAUCUACUUCUGGGUUACAAAUUUUUAAAAUUUUGUCGCCUCAUUUUUGCUCUAAUUGCAUUGCUGCCCAGAAAGGGGAAUACAAAUUUAUACCCAGAAGGUAUUUAAUAGCACGUGCUGAUAAGAAAAAUGGAAGGGAAUUAUCAGUACAAUUUAUUUUUUUAUGCCAACAAGAAGGUUGCACAGAGGUUGUUGAAGACCAGUGUGCUAAGGAAGGAUUUAAUAUACUGUCAUAUGAACCAGUCACAUUUACUGGUGAUGGUCAAGUGUCAUUGUCUUUUGAGCCACAUAGUGUCCCUGGUUGGAAAAGAAAAGAAGUUGGAUUUUCUAAAGACCACAUUUCUAGUGAAGAUAUUGAUUAUUAUCAAAUGAUGGGAUGUGAAAAUGCUGCAGAAGUCACUGAAGACGAGCUGAAACGGCUUAAGUUGUUAGAAAAGAAGCUCUCCUAUCCUCCUCGUUUCAGAAUACAGUUUAUAUCAGAUGCAGUAGUGGAAAAAAGUCAAAAAGUAAUAGUUCACUUCAAUCAAGUUCAUCCUCCUGUGAAAAGCACAAUUCUGUUAGAAGGUUCCAUACAAUUACUUCUUUCUCCAGCUUCAUCUACAAGCAGUACUGGAUCCACCAUGGAUGUAAUGACGUAUGCUAAUGAUUCAUUACUGGGUGACUGUCUUCGCAUUAUUGCAAGUGAAGGAAAUCUAAAAGAAAAAUGGUUUGAUUUUGGAUACAUACUGGGUUUUGCUAUUGGUCAGCUUCACAAUAUUGAACUAACAAGCAUUGAUCCCAUCCAACAUACUAGAAAAGUUUUAAUACAGUGGAGGGAUCAGAAUAGAUCAGAAUCAUGGGAGCCUUUAGCAGCAGCUCUUGCUAAGAUUGGGUUUAAAGAUUUAGCACACAGAGUCAAGGAUCAUUUUGAGUCUCCUCCUGUACCUGAACCAGAACCAGAAGAUAUUGAAGAUCACUACAAGGGAGUUUAUUGUAAUCUCUGUAAAGACUACCAUCUUAAACCUGAAGACAUUCAACAAGAAAUACAGGCACCAAAGGUCAACUCUCCUCCUGAUAUUGUUGAUCUUACUAACCUAGUAGCAGCAAAAAUUCAAGACAAGUUCUAUCAAUUUGGAACAGCACUUCAUUUGGAUGAUAGUUUCUUGAGGAGUCUUUAUGAUACUUAUCAUGAUCCCAUGGAUAGAUUCAUUGCUGUUUUUAAUAGAUGGAAGGACAAUGAUCCUGACACAUACACAUGGAGUACUGUCAUUAAGGUACUUCAGUCUGAUGCUAUUGGAGCUCAUGCAGUGGCUCAAGAUGUCAUGAAGCAUCUUACCACUAAUGCAGAUAGUCUGGCUACGCAAGACUAUAAUGCAGAGGCAGCAGAACAUGCUUCCAACUAAUUGUUUUUGUAUGGUUUUUGUAGGUGUGUGAUGUGUGCUAUUUUUAUAUUUUACAAAGUAUAUACAUUAUUCCAUUUUGCCACUUAUACAAGAUUUUUUAGAACUUUUGUUUUUACUAUUGAUUUCAUGAUUUAUAUUUUUAUUA